AUGGAAGUAGACUAUUUUCAUCACGUGCAAACUUGUCACAAAUGCCAAAUCUAUGCUGACAGAAUACACGUGCCUCCAAUACCUUCGAAUGUCAUCUCAUCUCCGUGUCCCUUUGCUAUGUGGGGUAUCACCAUGAUCGGUUAUAUUAAGCCAACCGCUUCGAACGGGCAUAAGUACAUCCUUGUUGCUCUCGACUAUUUUACCAAAUGGGUAGAAGUUGCAUCAUACGUAAAUGUCACCAAACAAGUGGUGGCUCACUUUCUGAAACGAGAUAUCAUUUGCUGUUAUGGGAUUCCCAACAAAAUCAUUACUGACAAUGGUUUAAAUAUUAAUAACAGGAGGAUGAAGGAAUUGUGUAAAAGUUUCAAGAUUGAACAUCAAAAUUCUUCGUUAUAUCGUCCGAAGAUGAAUGGUGCAGUAGAAGCAGCCAACAAGAACAUAAGGAAAAUUAUUCAGAAAAUGGUGAGUGCUCAACUAUCGUACUUCGCUACGAACAUCAACAAGGGCAACCCUUUUCUCUCUAGUAUACGUUAUGGAAUCAAUGCUCCAUAUCAAAAGUAA